AUGUCUAGCAAGCUCGACAAGCCUCUUGACGACAUCGUCUCGGCCAAGCGCCAGUCUGCCCGCAAUCGUCGCUCCUCUCAGCGACGCUCUACCGGCCCCAAGGUCGCUGCCCCCGUUGGUGGCAUUCAAAAGUCUUCCAAGCCGGCUCGCGGCUCGGCGGCCAAGCCCGUUCCUGCCAAAGCCGCUGCUGCCCAUGGAGAGAGCAAAGUCAUCGUCAGCAAUCUGCCCAAGGACGUCUCGGAGCAGCAGAUCAAGGAAUACUUUAUCCAAGCCGUUGGACCCAUCAAGAGAAUCGAUCUCGUCUACGGCCCCAAUUCCGUCAGCCGCGGCAUUGCCAAUGUCACUUUCCACAAGGCUGACGGCGCCAGCAAGGCUUUUCAGAAGCUGAAUGGCCUUCUUGUCGAUAACCGACCCAUCAAGAUCGAAAUUGUAGUCGGCGCUGCUCAGGCUGACAAGGUCAUGCCACCCGUUAAGUCCUUGGCCGACCGAGCUACUCAACCCAAGGCUCAGCCCAAGUCGGCUGCUUCCGGCAAGGGUGCCACCGGCGGAGUUGGCAAGGCUGGUAAUGCCAAGGCAGCCAACAAGAAGCGCCGUGGCCGAAGUGCCCGUCCUGCUAAGAAGACGGCCGAGGAAUUGGAUUCCGAGAUGACGGACUACUUCAAGAACAACCCCGAUGGUGCGGCCGCCGGAGCUGGCAGCGGUGCUGCCCCUGCUGGUGGUGCUGGGGAUGCUCCCAUGGAAGAUGAGAUUAUGUAA